AUCUCGACUGACGUGAAAUUCGACAGCCAUUGCAGAGCAUCAGAAGCAGCAAGAUAUCAUUCGAGCAUUACAAGAUCACUACAAGUCCAACACGGCCGAGAACGAGAUGCUUCGCCGAGAUGUCCAUGCGCUACGAAUGGAAAACCAACAGCUUCGUUCAGAGCUCAACUCUUCCUCUUCACGCCCUCCAUUAUCUUCAGCAGCAACACCAGCACCACAGGCCGGGACUUAUCAGGCAGACCCCUACCCUAACCCGAACCGACCAGAACUGCCACCCCUCAGGUCGCUCCGUAACAGUAUUCCAAAUGGACCGGACUCUAUGACGGGUGUUCAGUACGACAGUCCUCGUACAAAUGGCUAUCAUUAGACGGGACCAAUCGAAUGUUCCGGGAAAUGAGGCUCAGCGGGGAAUACUUGCCCCCAAAAACGUCCACCAUCUUAAACCUGUUGGAACUCGAUUAAUGAAUGAAUGACGGCGAAAAGUUAUGACACCGGGAGAGCACAAGGCUGGACUCGACUACUAUCGCUGGGUCACCAGCGAUGCUCUGAGCCACAACACAAGGGCGCCGUGGCAUUAGAUUUGCUUAGCUGCUUCUGUUUUGUUUUGUCUUUUUCGGCAACGCUGCCGCCCAGUGUACCAGUACGGCAAACGGACCGUGAACUGUCACUCUUUGUCAAUUUCUUGUUCAGUACUAGGUCUUUAUCUCAUUCUGUCUUUUUUUUUCUUUCUUUUCUUCUUCUUCUUCUUCUUCUUCUUUUAUUUAAACAUGCACCACGCUCGACUAAUGAGGUGGCUGUUAGGAGUUUGUUUAGGUUUGGGACAUAUAGGCCACUUAAUGGUAUGGUACGGUUAGGUGCGGAUGAUCAGGCAAGGCAAGGCAAGGCAGGGACAAGGAUAAGGAAUAGGUGCAAUGGGGUUGGUUGCAAAGGAUUUCCUCGGUUUUUGGGCUCGGAAGGACAAAGACGUCAUGGAAAAUAUGGAGAUGGCGCGAUAGUGUUUCAGGGCGUAUAUACCCAUUUGAAAGGAGGCGAAGCGGAUAGGAAGGGUCUGUGCUGUGGAACAAACAUGUCGUGGAGGUGAUACAGUUGGAAGACGUUUUGUUCUCUUCUGUGCAGUGGCGUGGUUGUGAGCGUAUCGUAUGGUCUCGGUGUAUCGGGGGAUUGAUGGUAAAAUGCGAGAACAAGAUAUUCAUCUUCACCAAA